GUUUAGAAAAUUAAGGAAAAAAUGGGAAAAACAAAUAUAAAAACGAUAGCACUACUUCUUGGUGUUUUUUGCAUUUUAUCAGCAAAUGGUGAACUGGAAGGACCUAAUGUCUGUACACGACAAGAAACAUAUACAACAGAUGUUCGUGUCAGUGAACAACAACCCUACCAAGUCCGAGAGACCAAAUGGUGUUUGAGUUUUCCACCAAGAUGUUCGAGUUACAAAAUCAAAUUCAGGACUGUUUUCAAGACUGAAAAACUGGUAAAAACUCGUCCUGUAGACGAAUGUUGCGAAGGAUAUGCUCCUUCAUCAUCAGGAGAACGUUGUUUACCUGUCUGUGAUCCACCUUGCGUUCACGGUUCCUGCUCCGAACCUGACAGGUGCAGGUGCGAACCAGGAUACGGAGGCCCGCAGUGCGAUUUAAGGUGUCCAGAAGGUUACUACGGUUCCCAAUGCGCAAACGAGUGCGACUGCGAAAACGGAGCCUCCUGCGACCCCUGGACAGGGGAAUGCGCCUGCACAAGGGGCUUCAGGGGCAUGAGGUGCGACCAGGAAUGCCAAGAAGGCACAUAUGGCACAAACUGCGCCGAAACGUGCAAAUGCCUAAACGGAGCAGGCUGCGAUCACAUCACUGGCGAAUGCAAGUGCUUACCAGGAUUCACAGGACCACUAUGUAAUCUUCAAUGUCCAGAAGGCACCCAUGGUGACAGUUGUCGUAGCGAAUGCAGGUGCCAAAACGGUGCAGGAUGUGAUCCUGCGACUGGUGAAUGCCAUUGUUUAGCUGGCUGGACUGGCAAAGUUUGUGCUAAUCCUUGUGCACAUGGACGACAUGGUCCUGAUUGUGCCUUGAAAUGCGAUUGUCACAAUGGUGCUGGUUGUGAUGCCGUUACUGGACAAUGCGAGUGCUUACCCGGAUUCACAGGAGACAAGUGUUUGGAUAUCUGUCCCCAUGGCACCCAUGGUUUAAACUGCUCCGAGAUCUGUAUUUGCAAAAACGGUGCCAAAUGCAACCCAUCAAACGGUGAAUGCAGAUGUCAAUCAGGUUGGGUAGGCGUGGAUUGCAACGAAAGGGCUUGUCCAGAUGGUUAUUUUGGUGCAAAUUGCACACAGAUUUGUGAAUGCCAGAGCAACAACACAGAGAUGUGUCAUCCUUGGACGGGAAGGUGCGAUUGCAAACCGGGCUGGACCAGCCAAACCUGUAAUCGACAUUGCUCGUUGUUGACAUAUGGAAAGAACUGUCAGGAGACUUGCCAGUGCGAAAAUAAUGCACAGUGUUCACCAAUCACAGGCGAGUGCCUCUGCGCCGCCGGUUACUUGGGAGCGACCUGCUCCGAGCCCUGUCCGAGCGGUUUGUAUGGCGAAAGGUGUGCCCGUGCCUGCGCCUGCGAAAACAACUCGACCUGCUCCCAUGAAACUGGUCAAUGUUCGUGCAAACCUGGCUGGGAAGGCUUAAAAUGCGACAGGCCUUGCAGCGAUGGCAAAUACGGUCACAAUUGCACCAAGAACUGCAAAUGCGUCAAUGGUGCCGCCUGCAAUCCGCAGAAUGGUACAUGUACCUGUGGAGCUGGUUACAGAGGCGAACUGUGCGAAAGAAGUUGCGAAACAGGAACAUUUGGCAUCAAUUGCACCCAGAAAUGCGACUGCGAACCUGAGAACAGCCAAGGAUGCGAUCCUGUUUCCGGGAAAUGCAUUUGCAAAAACGAUUGGAAAGGAGUUCGUUGCGAGACCCGGUGCCCUCCAGGAACCUACGGGGACGAAUGUCAAUUGAAAUGCGCCUGUUUCAACAACAGCUCCUGCGAUCCUGCUACUGGUGCCUGUGAAUGUGAAAGAGGCUGGACUGGUGCAGAGUGUAACCAGCCUUGCCCUGAAGGCACCUACGGCAUGGGAUGCAGGGAAAAGUGUCCGGAACACGAAAAAUUCGCUAAUCAUUCCUGUGACCACGUUACUGGUAAAUACAUCUGUCGUCCAGGGUACAUAGGACUGACGUGUGAACAUCCAUGUCCUUUGAACACUUAUGGUUUGAAUUGUGAACAAAAAUGCCACUGCAAACAUGGAGCUGAUUGUCAUCACGUCACAGGACAUUGCCAAUGUCUACCAGGAUGGACAGGUGCAGACUGUUCCCAACCUUGUUCAGAAGGAACUUUUGGCGAAAACUGUGCCCAGUUUUGUAGGUGUGAAAAUGGUGCCAAAUGUAGAGCUAAUGAUGGUCAUUGUAGGUGCAAACCUGGUUGGAUUGGUGCACACUGCACAGACAUUUGUCCUGAAGGUUACUUCGGUGACCACUGCAUGAAGCCUUGCAAUUGCUCAACGGAUAACUUUAUAUGCCAUGCAAUCGAUGGAUGCAUCUGCAGACAGGGUUUUGGAGGUCCAAGAUGUGAUGAACCAAGAAUACAACAUUUGCAAGAUCGUGAAGAAGGAACUAGUAGUGCUACAGCUGGUGUCCUGGUGGCUUUGGCCUUAGUAGCCUUCAUCAUAGUGCCUUUGAUAUUCUACUACAGACGUCGUGUACAGAAUUUGAAAACAGAUUUGGCACAUGUACAAUAUAUAGCUGAUCCACAAUCAUUGACAGAUCGUCACCACUUCGACAACCCAGUAUACUCCUUCCAAGGUGGUGCCCUUCCAGGACGUCCUGGAGAUGAUGCCUCUACUUUACUAAAUAAUGCCCAACACAUCAGGAACGAUUUGGGCAUUAAGCAAAACAAUGCCAAUUUGGAGAAACAAAAACUGGGUUGCUGUUCAACUGAUGAUGAUGAUUCCAGCACUCGUAGCACUGGUGUCUACAGUCUCCAUUACAACCACAGUAUGUCAAUGAAAAAUCGUGAUGCAGAUUUAACAAAUCCCAACGUCAAUAUUUAUCACAGUAUUGAUGAUGACACUAAGGUUGAUCAUGUUUAUGAUGAAAUUAAAUUGAAAGAAGGAUACAAGGAUGUCGACGAGUACGAUCACCUAGACUACAGCAGACCAGGAAGUUCGUUGAAACCUCAAUAUCAAAGGAUGAUGAAUGGUUUGGUCAAGGAUGUUAAUGAAGACCAGGAUACUAAACCUGAUCCUACCAAGGAAACGUAAUAGGAUAAAGAAUAUGAUGAAGACUAAAAAGACAUUUUUUGAAAAAAAAAAUCUA